UCCGCUUUAAUCGCAUCAUACAGGAGCUUCUGGAAUCAAACUGGAGGAUAGAAGCUGAUUGUGUUUACAUGAUUUUCUGUCUCUUCCUGAAAUAAGAAGGACGGUAUAGCGAUGAAAAUGGACUUAAAUGCCAUCAUAGAAAAGAUGGAAACGGGCGAUCAGGACGCCGCACUAACAGCUUUACAGAUGUAUAAUAAAGAGAAGUCACAGUGUUUUUCGUUUACCCCCGGGGAAGAGGACGACAGAGAGAGGCUGGGCGAGCUGGUGCUCGGCUUCCUGGAGCGAGACCUCCAGCCGUCCUGUCAGCUGGCAUGCCUAGAAACCAUUCGCAUCCUGUCCCGCGAUAAGAAGAGCCUGGCUCCGUUCGUCACCCGCCAAGCUAUGCAGGUACUGAUCCGACAUGCCGGACUUGGGCAGGGGGAGGGCGUGACGCCCGAGAUCCCCGACUUGGAGGUGAUCGUGGAGGCCCUGAAAUGCCUCUGCAACAUCGUCUUUAACAGCGAGGCGGCUCAGGAGGCGGGGGCGGAGCUUCAGCUGAUAAUGGGAUUGGCCAAGAGGCUGAAACAGUGCCGUGAGCCGCAGUGGAACCACGACGUGCGAUUCUUCGACCUACGACUUAUGUUUCUGAUCACCGCCCUGCGCGUGGACGUCAGAGCCCAGCUGGCACGAGAGCUGCGGGGUGUCGGCCUCCUAUCAGAAGCUCUAGAUGCCACGCUCAACCUCUGCUGGCCCGACAUGUAUGAAGUGGCCCGUGCAGGCGUGGAUGGGUCCUCGGAGCUCCCACCGCUCGGGAGGCAGGAAACGGAGCGAGUCAUGGAAAUCUUGAAGAUUCUGUUCAAUGUCACCUUCGAUUGCAACCGACGUGAUGUGGACGAGGAGGAGGCGGCCACUUACAGACACCUGGGUGCCAUUUUGAGACACUGCCUCAUGAGCACUUCAGAAGGCGAGGAACGCACAGAGGAGAUGCACAGCCACACUGUGAACCUACUAGGGAAUUUGCCUCUUCCGUGUCUCGACGUCUUGCUCAUGCCCAAAGUUCAGCAGGGGUCUAUCGAGUACAUGGGCGUCAACAUGGACGCUGUCAAAGUUCUGCUGCAGUUUAUGGAGAAACGGCUCGACAGGGAAAACAAGCUGAAGGAGACCCUGCUGCCCUCAUUAAACCUCCUGACGGAGAGCGCCCGCAUUCACAGGGAGACGAGGAAAGUCUUACGAAUGAAAGUUCUUCCACCGUUACGUGACGUUAAAAACAGACCCGAGGUCGGUAACGCCAUGCGGAACAAACUGGUGCGUCUGAUGACCCACAUUGACACAGAUGUGAAACACUGCGCCGCUGAGUUUCUGUUUGUGCUGUGCAAAGAAAGCGUUUCGAGGUUUAUCAAGUACACGGGUUACGGUAAUGCAGCCGGGCUGUUGGCUGCUCGGGGGCUGAUGAGAGGUGGCCGAGACCCCGGACACUAUUCAGAGGAUGAAGACAGCGAUACAGAGGAGUACAGAGAAGCGAAACCCAAUAUUAAUCCAGUGACUGGACGUGUGGAAGAAGAGCAGCCCAACCCUAUGGAUGGAAUGACAGAAGAACAGAAAGAAUAUGAGGCCAUGAAGUUAGUCGACAUGUUUGAUAAACUCUCAAGAGAGCAGGUGAUCCAGCCAAUGAAAAUUGGAGCUGACGGUAAGAUGACAUCAAUGGAACCACAAGAAUUCCAUUAUUUAACCCAGCAACAAUUCGGAGAGUCUAAUAAUUCAGAUAGCGACAGCGAUACAAACUAGCUUGGAUCCUGACGUUCCGACAGUGGGAAAUUUGGAAUGUUGCAGUGCAAUAAAAAGCACUCGAGUUUAAAAAAAAGUAAAAUAUAACUUUUGGUGAAUCCUAAGAAAGAAUGAAAUCUUCUGACCCAUAAGGAUUUAACUGCUUGGUUUUAUUGCUAUGGAAACGCUUGGUGAUUGAUAUGUCCAGUUCAUUUGAGGUUUAUUGUGUUGGCCUGUCAAUAAUCUGUUCUGUAUGACUGUGAAAAGAUGGUUUGGUUACACAGUGUCUAGUGUUUGACAUAAGAUAAAUAAUUUAAUGGAACUCUGUUUUUGCAACACCGUAUCAUUUCAUGAAAGCGCAGAUAUAUUUUAUUCCAAAUGUAGACUGUGGCCUAGGAAAAAUGUAUUAAAAAGAAUGAAGACUGAGAGAGAGCAUCUUCACUUAUUUAUUCUUUGUUUGUUUAUAUAUGAAAUGAGCUGACCAAGGAAAACUGUUAUUACAACUAAUUUAUGAGAUGAUAUAUAUUUUACGAAAAAUAUUCUUCCUUUUUAAGGAAACCUUUCAGUUUGUCCAGGAGGAUAUACACCUUCCUGCAGCCAUUUCAGUUCUGUGAAAAGAUUUGUGUUAUAAAAAUGACUUUUCUGUAUUAAUAGUGCUUUUUGUUCUGUGUGCUAAAGGGUUGAUUGCUGUAUAUUGUCAUCAGUGGACACAUAGCUUGUGUAGUAUUUAUAAAAGACUACAGGGGAAUGUUAUAUUCAACAUGAUUUAUAUCACAUUGUGCUUCAAGAACUUUAUUGUAAGGUCAAUAAUAAAACACCUGAAUUUGU